CGACGUCUCUUUAUCUGAAAUCAUCCAAUGCUCAGAGUUAAAAGAGGCGGAGCUGCAGAUUGAACUCCACACAGAAAAAGCUGUGGAGAUGAAGCCCUCUCCUUCUGUGUCUGAACACCAAACCUCCGAUCGAAAGCCUGAGGGGGGGAAAGCACAUGAAGACAGCUCUUUAUCUGAAAUCAGCGAAUGUUCAGAGUUACAAGAGAUGCCGACUGAACUUUAUACAGAUAUCUCAUGUAUUUAUGAUCUGUAUCGACCUCAAGCAUCCUGUGUACAACCUGGGCUUCCAGACAUAGAGGCCAUGUUCAGAGAGUAUUGGGUUUCAGAACUGAAGACUGAUCUGAAGAUUGAACCCGAUGACCACGAAGAACACUCUCCUUUGGGUCUUCCCAAUCUAGGCAACACAUGCUACAUGAACUCAGUCCUGCAGUGCCUCCUGAGUAUUCCCCCCUUCCAGGACGAUGUGCUUUCCAGCCAGGAUGAAUGGAGAGAUACAGACACGCUGCUCAGUGUGUUUUCAGACCUGUUUAUGAGCCGGCUGGACAACAGCAACACCAGCCUGAAGAUAAGGCUCUUGAGAAAAGUUAAAGGCUACAUUGAAAAUGACAGUGCGGAUUUCAUGGGAGACUUCCAGCAGGAUGCUCAUGAGUUCCUCGUGCUGUGCCUGUCCCAUCUGAAAGAGGAAGGCCAGAUCCUGAAGAUGUCCUUUCCCUCGUACAUUUGCCCCAUAGCCAAUAUGGAGUUCAAGCUUGAAACGGAGCGCACCUGUGUCAGUUGUGGUCUCCGGAAGACAUUUACAGAAGACGCAAACUACAUCUCGCUGGUCCUCGGCCAGAAUGCAAGUGUGUCGGACAGCCUGCAGCAGUACAUGAGCACAUCUUCAAUUGAUUGCAUGUGCUGCAAUUGUAACGGCACAAAGGCCUCUGUGACCCAGAGGUUUUUGAAUUUCCCAAGAGUUCUGGUUUUCCUGGUGUCACGCUUUGACAUCCUGUCUGAUUGUAAGCUGAGGAAUCCACUGAAGAUUACAGAAGAGUUGACGCUGUCCUCUGUUAAAGGAGGAAGAACCAGUCGACACCAGGGUGGAGUAUAGACUCACUGGAGCAGUCUCACACUUGGGACACAAAUUGUUUUCUGGACACUACAUAAGUCAUAUUCGUGAUCCAAGUGACGAUGGAUGGCUGCAUUGCAGUGACUUUUCUGUCAGCAAAACCAGCUGGGCAGAAGCGUCCAAAGAAAUGAAGAGGAACUGCUACAUGUUGUUCUACGUCCAGCGAUAAGCAGCAGUUUGUAGCUGACAGUCCUGAAGAGGCGGAGAACAGCAGACUGAGCUUCAGAAGGUCAAGAUUCAGAAGAUUCUGCCAAAAAAAAAAAAAAACCCUGAGACCUUCAGAACACACAUGAAGAGCCUCCUGACCCUCUUAUAAAGGAAUCACAGUUUGAAUGUUUCUCCACCCUUGCUGUGUAUGGAGGGUCAGGGAAAAGAAGAAUGAAAUUCUGGACAGUUUGGAACUGUAUGAGU